AAUGUCCAUCAAUGGAUAAAUGAAUAAAUAAAAUGUAAUAUAGUCAUGCAAUGGAAUAUCAUCCAGCCGUAAAAACGAAUAUACUACUGAUACUUGCUAUGUCACGGAUGAACCUCAAAAACAUUAUUCUAAUUGAAAGAAGCCAAACAUACAAGAUCACAUAUUUUAUGUGAUUCCAUUUAUAUGAAAUGUCCAUAGAUUAUGCAUAGUGCUGUGGGGAGGAAAAAAUAAAAAAACAAACCAAAAAAAUAGAAAAAAAAAUUGAAAUGUCCAUAGAGACAGAAAGCAGAUUAUUAGUUGGCUAGGAACUGUGAGGAAGAGAGAAUGGUGAGUGAGUACUUAAUGGGUACAGAGUCUCCUUUGGAGUUGAUAAAAAUAUCAACCAGACAGGUGAUGUUUAUACAACAUUGUGAAUGUACUAAGUGGCACUGAAUUCUAUACUUUAAAAUAGCUAAUUUUAUGUUACAUACAUUUCACUUCAGUUUUUUAAAAAAUAAGAUCACUGAUAUAUAACUUGCUUAGAUUAUCUCACAUGGAUCAGUGAGAACACUCACUACAGCCAAGUCAAUCCUUACACCUCUCUUCUGUUAUUUUAUGUGAAAAUAGAUCUUCCUAUGUCUACUUGAUGAAAUAUGUUUUCAUUUCAGGGACUGUUUACAUUCAAGGAUGUGGCCAUAGAAUUCUCCCAAGAGGAGUGGGAAUGCUUGGACUCUGCUCAGAAGGCCUUGUACAGGGAUGUGAUGUUAGAGAACUACAGGAACCUGCUAUCCCUAGAUGUUUCUGAGGAAUUAUCAAAAGAAGACAUUAAUAAAGAGGAAUUAUACCAUCUGGUGAUAUUGGAAAGAAAUGAAAGCCAUGGUAUCAAGGAAGUCUGGAAAAAUAUGCAUAAGUUUGACAGCCAGUGGAGAUAUGAUACAAGAAAUUACAAAGGAGUGCCUUUUACCCAAAAUAGAAAUCUCACUCAUAGAAAAGACCAACAGCAUAAUAAAUCCUCAAUUAAUUUUUCUUUAAAGCAGAAUGUUUCUGUAAGAGAGAAUACCUACCAAUAUUUUGUACAUGGCAAGCCAUUCAUAAGGAAUUUGUUAAAGCUGAAAAAUAACAUAAGCUAUACUGGAAACAAGUAUGUAAAGUGUUUUGAAAAUAGGAUUGGAUUAAGCCUAAAGGCACAUCUUGCUGAACUGCAGAGAUUUCAGACUGAGGAGAAAACUUAUGAAUGUAAUCAAGUUGAGAUGUCUAUCAACAAUAGUUCCUUAAUUUCACCACCUCAAACAAUUCCUCCUAGUGUCAAAAACAUUUGUAAUAAAUAUAGGAAGAUUUUAAAGACCCCUUUGUUACCUACACAAUACAAGAGAACACACAGCAGAGAAAAAUCAUACAAAUGUGCUGACUGUGGAAAGGCUUUUAGCAAAAGUUCCAACCUCACUAAUCAUCAGAGAAUUCAUUCUGGACAGAGACCUUACAAAUGUAAUCAGUGUGGCAAAGCCUUUAACCAGUGUUCAAACCUCACAAGACAUCAGAGAGUCCAUACAGGAGAGAAACCAUAUAAAUGCAAUGUAUGCGGCAAAGUCUGUAGUCAAAAUUCAAACCUUGCAAGUCAUCAGAGAAUGCACACUGGAGAAAAGCCUUACAAAUGUAAUGAAUGUGGUAAAGCAUUUAUUCAGCGUUCACAUCUUUGGGGUCAUGAGAGAAUUCAUACUGGAGAGAAACCUUACAAAUGUAGUGAAUGUGACAAAGCCUUUGCUGAGCGUUCAAGCCUUACUCAACAUAAGAGAAUCCAUACUGGAGAGAAACCUUACAUAUGUAAUGAGUGUGGCAAAGCUUUUAAGCAGUGCUCACACCUCACUAGACAUCAGAAUAUUCAUCCUGGAGAGAAACCACACAAAUGUAAUGUGUGUGGCAAGGCUUUCAUCCACAGUUCAAGCCUCCUGGAACAUCAGAGAAUUCAUACAGGAGAAAAACCCUACAAAUGUAAUAAAUGUGAUAAGGCUUUUAUCAGAUGUUCACACCUGUGGGGUCAUCAAAGGACUCAUACUGGAGAGAAACCCUACAAAUGUAGUGAGUGUGGUAAAGCCUUUACUGAACGUUCAAAUCUUACCCAACAUAAGAAAAUCCAUACAGGAGAGAAACCUUACAAAUGUAAUGAAUGUGGCAAGGCUUUUACCCAAUUUGCAAACCUUACUAGACAUCAAAAAAUACAUACUGAAAAGAAACACUGUAAAUAUAAAAUACGUCAUAAUGCUUUUAUCCAAAGUUCAAACCUUGGGCAUCAUCAGAAAACUCAGAAAAAAACAUAACAAAUACAAUGAAUAAGACAAAACUUAAAUGUUCAAGCCUUAUCAACAUCAGAGUCUCCACUAUGAAGACAAGCCAUAUAAAACUAGUAUAUAUGGAAAGGCCUUUAGCCAGUGCUCACACAUCUUUUGAUAUUAGUGUAUACAUCUUUGAGAUAAACCACACAAAUAAAAUGGUGUAUGGCAAGGCUUAUCCAAAAUUUAAGCCUUGUGGAACAUCCACAGAGUUCUUAUUGUAGAGAUGCCUUGUAAAUGUAGUGAAUAUGAUGAGCUUUAUAAAAUAUUUACAUCUUUGUUGUUAUGACAGAAUACAUUCAAGAUGGAAACCAUAAAAAUAUGUCAAGGCCUUUAAGCAAUGGUCAGACUCAGUAUACACCAAAGAAUUCAUACUGGAGAGAAACAUUACAAAUGUAAUCAAUGUGGUGAAUUGUUUAGCCAGUUCUCUCAAUGGAUUACACAUACGAAAAUUUAUAUUGGGGGGACUAAGUCUCUAUUCCUUCUUGAGGAUUAACUGAUCUCAGAUAUUAAAUUCCACAUAAGAUUAAAAAGUGAAAAUCAUUUAAAACUGAUGAGAUGAUGUAUGUCAAAAGAACAAGGACAUCUGCAGAAAGAUCUGUCUUUAUUUAUUUG